AUGAAUCUUCAGUCCUCUGGUGGGCCAGACGCUUCUUCGCCUAAGCGAUUUAUCUAUUCGGAUCUAAGACCUUUCCAAUGUCCAAAAUGCGGCCGACAUUAUGGACGUCAAGAUGUCCUUGGGAGACAUCUCAGAUUGCAUACUCGCAAUGACAGAUCAGAAGCUCAACAACUAAACUUGGAGGGCUCCUCUAAUGAUCCAACCUCUGCGCAAGCCACAUUGUCCUCUAUCUCAACUGAGCGAGCUACUUUCCCUCCGCCAACUGAUCCCUUGAGGCAGCACAACUUUGCGGAAUCGAAUGCAUUACUUGAAUCCGGAAAUCUCCUCGAAUGGCUGAUGUCAGAUAUUGACCGGGCUUCAGUUGUGCCUCUUCCUCUUCUGGAUGUCCCACCUGGCAGCUCAACACGAAUAGAUAUCUUUGCAUAUCCCCAUAGUGAUCUCGAGACAGAGGCAUACGAAGCUCCGGGAAAUACAGCGCUGAACCAAAUCUAUAGAAUGGUUGAUGAUCUAUCCAAAAGGCUUAACUCAGACAUACACAGCUCUGGAUUCACAUCUACUUUCUUGGACUCUUGUUUACAGGAAUUCUUCACACGGAUAUUGCCGAAUUUUCCAGUGAUACAUAAGCAAACAUUCUCCCCGCAAAAGACCAUACCGCCUCUCCUGUUAAACAUGGUUGCCCUGGGGUCUCUUUUUGUCUGCGAGAAAGACUCCGUUGAAAAAGGCGAGAUGCUUUGGCGGCUUGGACACACAACCGCUGCUACAUCAUGGCAAACUUUGGUUGAAAUUAAAGGGCCAUGGGAUUCUUGUGACGGAAUCCAGCUAGUACUCACUGCUCUUCUCGGCCAGACGUACGCACUAGUAUCAAAAAACCCCGAUUUUCGUACUACUGCGUCAGUAUUUCAUGGAUUGGGAUUCUACUGGGCUAGAAGCUCGGGGAUGUACUCCGUGCAAGAUGUUUUAUCCAAAAAUCCUCCACGCAUUGAUAUGCCUGAAAGGGAGAAAGACAUUUUAUGGAAAACAUGGGCUGCAUCAGAAGUUCAACGCAGAGCGAUAUUAGGUCACUAUAUCCUCGAUGGAUUGAUAUCGCAGGCAUCUGGAUCGCCCGCCAGCGCAAGUCAUCUCAUUAACAGUCUCGGCACAGCCUGCUCAGACGCUGCAUUUUCUGCCGAGACUGCGGAUGAAUGGAUAGUUGAGAUAAACCGCUCAGAACAGUCUCAACUUCCGGUCUCUGAGGCCUUCGUGCGCAUUUUUGCAAUUGACUACGGCGUCAAUCCUUUACGACUUUCUCGAUUCUCAACCUUUGUCAUUAUCGAAGGAUUGCAGUCUCUAGUAUCUGAUCUUCAUGAAGUUCAAGGUCCAGUAUUUGGCACUGUUUCCCAAGAGCAAAUCAUCCAAGCAAUGCUUAAUCUAUACCAAGGAAAUAUAGCGUCAACAACAGCUCAAUCAGAAGGGCAAGACCUUCCAACUUUGUUAAGAUGGCACUCCGUGUUCAUCGAAAUCACUGCACCUUCAAUCCUAAUUUAUCGUUGUUUGUGCAAUCGGUAUCAACUUCCACAAGUCUUGGGCGGAAUUCAUGCAAAAAGCCGACUCGACGACAUUGAUUUGAAUCAAUGGGUCAUGAAAAAGGAUGCAUACAAGGCAGUUCUUCAUGCCAUUUCGAUUACUCGCCUCCUUGAGCAUCUGCCUCUUAGUCAGGUCUACAUGAUACAUGUACCCACGGCAAUAUUUGCAUCGGCUAUGGUUCUCGCUAUUAUCUGUAUUUUGAAUCGUAAUGUGAUUGAGAUACCCGAGAAAAAUAUCUGGAUCGAUAUUUGGAAAAAGCACACCAUUCCAAGAACAGGACAGACGUCGUCAACCGACACUUCAGAACCUGAAGAUAUGUUUGGAUAUCCAGACCAUAUCAAUCAAACUAAAUCAAUGACUGCCAAUCUUUUAGAGUUGAUGAACUCUCUCCACGUUAUUCUCACGACUGUUGCAUCGAGAUGGGGCACUUCAGCCCAAAUGGGUGAUAUAAUUGGAAGACUGGUCAUCAUUGCACGCGAAAAGCAUAAUCAUGCUAACUUUUCUAAUAUAUAA